CCCCCUUCCCGCGGCACAUCCGCGUCGGCGCGCGCCGGGAGCUGCGGGGGUCGCACCGGGGCCGAAGCCCCGCCAUGCUGCGGGCCCUGCUGGCCGCCCGCUGCCUGUGCCGCCCCGUCCCGCGGCUCCCCCCGCCGCCGCGGCGCUGCCGGGGGUCGUCCCGGCCGGGGGAGCCGGCGCUGUCGCUGUCGCAGCGGCUGGCGGCGGUGGCGGCGGCCGCGGGGCUGGCGGGGGCCGGCUGGCUGUGGCUGCGGGAGCAGAAGGAGCGGCGGCGGCAGCGGCGGCGGCGGGAGGAGCUGCGGGAGCUGGCGCUGGGCCGCGGCGAUUUCCAGCUGCAGGACCACACCGGGCGGCCGAGGAGCAAAGCCGACUUCCUCGGGCGCUGGGUGCUGCUGUACUUCGGCUUCACGCACUGCCCGGACGUGUGUCCCGAGGAGCUGGAGAAGCUGAGCCGGGCGGUGGAGCUGCUGGAGAGGCAGCCGAGGCUGCCGGCGCUGCAGCCGCUGUUCAUCACGCUGGACCCCGAGCGCGACGACGCGGCGGCUCUGCGGCGCUUCCUGCGCGGCUUCCACCCGCGGCUGCUGGGGCUCACGGGCACGGCCGACGCCAUCGCCAGCGUGGCACGGCAGUUCCGAGUCUACGCCAGCGCCGGGCCCCGGGACGCCGACGGCGACUACAUCGUGGAUCACACGGUGCUCAUCUACCUGCUGGGCCCCGACGGGCUCUUCCUCGACUACUACGGGCGCAGCAAGAGCGAGGCGCAGAUCGCGCAGAGCGUGCAGCGGCACAUGGAGACCUACGAGCCGCUGCCACAAUAAACACGGCUGGGCGUGGACAAA